AAGUAAACAAAAUUAAAUUUUGUGAAAAACAUUUUGGUUUUUUUUUUGUUUUUUGAAAUAUAAAAUUUUGUGUAGCAAAAAUUGGCGCCAUACAGUCAUAUUUUGAAAAACCAAAUGCUAAUGUGUGUGAAAAUAUUACGGCUCCGCCAACAACCAUUCCCACACACAUAACAAUGGCACAAUGUACACCACGUAAAAUUACAAGAAUGGCUAGGAGAGGGAGACGUGUUCAAUGUCCAAGAGCUUGUCCCACACCAACGACCCCACAACCUAUGGCAACAACGGCAGCAGCUCGUUGUCUAAGACCUGGUCCGGUUCAACGUAAUCCAUUUUUGAAUUUCUUACGUGAAUAUAGGAAAACCUGUUGUGGUUUAACGGCAAUUGAAACAGUGCGUCAGGGUGCAAAAGCAUGGAAAAGUCUAUCAAAUGAAGAGAAACAACGUUAUAUAGUAGAGGCUUUUUAUGCACCCAAACGACGCAGACGUUUAGGGGCUAUGUGUGGUCCAGUUAGUCGUCGUGGUGGUAGAGUGUCGAAGCGUAGCCGUUCGGCUAUGUCCCGUAGAGCUAGAUCUGGAAAAUCAGAUUCACGUCGUAGGUCUAAGGUGUGUUAAUUUCUUUUGUGCGAGACUUUUUCUUAAAAAGUGGUUUAUGCAAUGUUGUAAAUUUAUUGUAAAAAAAAAAUUGUUUUAAAAUUAAAAAAAUAAAACAUUUUUAAUACUAAAAAGCUUUUGUAUAAAGCUUUUUUUGUUAAGUUUAACUUUCUCAGCUUU